GUGCGAGCUGCGGCUGGGGUGUGGGCAGCCCCUUGCAGCGGGCGCGUGGGUCACCAAGGAGCAGUUCUCCGGGACCCGUUGCGUCCGAGGGACUGGGCGGGGCUGGGCGGGGCAGGACGGGGGCGGCGCUCAGGAGCCCUGGAACCCGCUGGCCCUGCGGCCACGGUCCGAGGCAUGGUUCUGAGCCCCUGCGCGGUUUCUGGUGCGUAGAGACUGUAAAUCGCUGCGCUUCUCAGUCACCAUCAUCCCAGCUUUUCCCGGCUCGAAUUCAGCCUCCAACUCAAGCUCGCGGGAAAGACUACCUGAGAGGAGAAAAGCUUCUGUCCCUGGACCUUCUUCUGAGGGUGGUGAGGUUUGUUUAGGGUCGCAGAAGCAGGGAGGACUGACUCAGCCCUCACAGAGAAGCCCUGGGGAACUCGCAGGGCACGGGCCGCUGUCGCGGUUGGGAGGCGAGGGCACAGCGCUGCGGUUGUAGAUUCCAAGACCCCUGAGGGUGGCUGUGUUGGUUUCUCGCAGGAGUCAGAGGCUCCCUGCUCUCCAGCCGCCCAGUGACCCCAGCUUAAUCUUCAGCACCACUUGGGGCGACCUUUUCGGUGCAAACCUACGAUUCUGUUUCUCAGGAUUCCUCCCCAUCCCGCUUCCCCCCGGAAAAAGCUGACAAGAACUUCAGGUGUAAGCCCUGAGUAGUGAGGACCUGCGGUCUCCGCGGAGAGCUGUGCCUGGAAGAGAAGGACGCUGGUGGGGGGCUGAGAUCAGAGCUGUCUUCUGGCCCUGUGGCCCCAUGCUUCUGUCGUGGCUAACAGUUCUAGGGGCUGGAAUGGUCGUCGCGCACUUCGUGCAGAAACUCCUGUUCCCUUACUUUUGGGAUGACUUCUGGUUCGUGUUGAAGGUGGUGCUCAUUAUAAUUCGGCUGAAGAAGUACGAAAAGAGAGGGGAGCUGGUGACUGUGCUGGAUAAAUUCUUGAGUCAUGCCAAAAGACAACCUCGGAAACCUUUCAUCAUCUAUGAGGGAGACAUCUACACCUAUCAGGAUGUAGACAAAAGGAGUAGCAGAGUGGCCCAUGUCUUCCUGAACCAUUCCUCUCUGAAAAAGGGGGACACGGUGGCUCUGCUGAUGAGCAAUGAGCCGGACUUCGUUCACGUGUGGUUCGGCCUCGCCAAGCUGGGCUGCGUGGUGGCCUUUCUCAACACCAACAUUCGCUCCAACUCCCUCCUGAAUUGUAUCCGCGCCUGUGGGCCCAGAGCCCUAGUGGUGGGCGCAGAUUUGCUUGGAACUGUAGAAGAAAUCCUUCCAAGCCUCUCAGAAAAUAUCAGUGUUUGGGGGAUGAAAGAUUCUGUUCCACAAGGUGUAAUUUCACUCAAAGAAAAACUGAGCACCUCAUGUGAUGAGCCCGUGCCACACAGCCACCAUGUUGUCUCACUCCUCAAGUCUACUUGUCUUUACAUUUUUACCUCUGGAACAACAGGUCUACCAAAAGCAGCUGUGAUUAGUCAGCUGCAGGUUUUAAGGGGUUCUGCUGUCCUGUGGGCUUUUGGUUGUACUGCUCAUGACAUUGUUUAUAUAACCCUUCCUCUGUAUCAUAGUUCAGCAGCUAUCCUGGGAAUUUCUGGAUGUGUUGAGUUGGGUGCCACUUGUGUGUUAAAGAAGAAAUUUUCAGCAAGCCAGUUUUGGAGUGAUUGCAAGAAGUAUGAUGUGACUGUGUUUCAGUAUAUUGGAGAACUUUGUCGCUACCUUUGCAAACAAUCUAAGAGAGAAGGAGAAAAGGAUCAUAAGGUGCGUUUGGCAAUUGGAAAUGGUAUACGGAGUGAUAUAUGGAGAGAAUUUUUAGACAGAUUUGGAAAUAUAAAGGUGUGUGAACUUUAUGCAGCUACCGAAUCAAGCAUAUCUUUCAUGAACUACACUGGGAAAAUUGGAGCAAUUGGGAGAACAAAUUUGUUUUACAAACUUCUUUCCACUUUUGACUUAAUAAAGUAUGACUUUCAGAAAGAUGAACCCAUGAGAAAUGAACAGGGUUGGUGUAUUCAUGUGAAAAAAGGAGAACCUGGACUUCUCAUUUCUCAAGUGAAUGCAAAAAAUCCCUUCUUUGGCUAUGCUGGGCCUUACAAGCACACAAAAGACAAAUUGCUUUGUGAUGUUUUUGAGAAGGGAGAUGUUUACCUUAACACUGGAGACUUAAUAGUCCAGGAUCAGGACAAUUUCCUUUAUUUUUGGGACCGUACUGGAGACACUUUCAGAUGGAAAGGAGAAAAUGUCGCAACCACUGAGGUUGCUGAUGUUAUUGGAAUGCUGGAUUUCAUACAGGAAGCAAACAUUUAUGGUGUGGCUAUAUCAGGUUAUGAAGGAAGAGCAGGAAUGGCUUCUAUUAUUUUAAAACCAAAUACGUCUUUAGAUUUGGAAAAAGUUUAUGAACAAGUUGUAACAUUUUUACCAGCUUAUGCUUGUCCACGAUUUUUAAGAAUUCAGGAAAAAAUGGAAGCAACAGGAACAUUCAAACUAUUGAAGUAUCAGUUGGUAGAAGAAGGAUUUAAUCCACUGAAAAUUUCUGAACCACUUUACUUCAUGGAUAACUUGAAAAAGUCUUAUGUUCCACUGACCAGGGAACUUUAUGAUCAAAUAAUGUUAGGGGAGAUAAAACUUUAAGAUUUUUAUAUCUAGAACUUUCAUAUGCUUUCUUACGAAGAGUGAGAGGAGAGUAUAUGAUUCUUUAUGAAAUGGGGAAAGGGAGCUAACAUUAAUUAUGCAUGUGCUAUAUUUCCUUAAUAUGAGAUAAUUUUUUAAUUGUAUAAGAAUUUUAAUUUCUUUUAAUUGAUAUAAACAUUAGUUGAUUAUUCUUUUUACCUGUUUGGAGAUUCAGUGCAUAACUAAGUAUUUGCCUUAAUAUUAAAGAUUUUAAAUAAUAAAUAGUGGCUAGCAGUUUGGACAAUCACUAAAAAUGUACUUUCUAAUAUGUAAAGUUUCUAAUUUCGAAUAAAAGAUUAAAUUUUACUGAAAUAUUUUAUUUUUAUGUGUCCUGUCCUAUAACCCAAUAACAUAAUUUUCAUUAAAAAUGUGUUUUCAGUAUAGUUUGAAGUCAAGUAGCAUGAAACCGCCAGCUUUGUUCUUUUUGCUUAGGAUUGUCUUGGCUAUGCGGGCUCUUUUUUGGUUCCAUAUGAAGUUUAAAGUAGAUUUUUCCAAUUCUGUGAAGAAAGUCAUUGGUAGCUUGAUUGAAGGGGAUAGCAUUGAAUCUAUAAAUUACUUUGGGCAAUAUGGACAUUUUCAUGAUAUUGAUUCUUCCUAUCCAUGAGCAUUUAUUUGUGUCCUCUUUUUUUCCUUGCGCAGUGGUUUGUAGUUCUCCUUGAAGAGGUCCUUCAUAUCCCUUGUUUUGGUAUCAGGAUGAUGCUGGCCUCAUAAAAUGAGUUAGGAAGGACUCCGUCUUUUUCUGUUGUUUGGAAUAGUUUCGGAAGGAAUGGUACCAGCUCCUGUCUUACCUCUGAUAAAAUUUGGCUGUGAAUCCAUCUGGUCCUGGACUUUUUUUGUGACUUAUUAAGAAUGAAAAUGAGAAGAGGAGGUGGAGCAAGAUGGUCAAAUAGAACCAUUCACUGAUCAUCCUCCCUGCAGGAACAUCAAAUUGAAAAACUAUCUACAUAAUAAAGCACCUUCAUAAGAAGCAAAAAUCAGUGAAGGAGACUCCCUAUGUUGCCCAGGCUGGACUCAAGUCUCAAGUGCCUGGGCUCACGUGAUCCUCUAGCCUCAGCCUCCCAACUAGAUGGGACUACAGGUAACAGAAUCACAUGGAAGUGUGUGCAAGGUUUUUGUCAAAGCCUUGAAGACGGGGGCCCUAACCAGUAGAUGGAGGAGUCCAUUUAUUUAAAAAUGAACCAGGCACAGCCCUGGACAGAAACUUCCUGAUGAGAUACAUGAAAAUUCUGAAAUACAAAAUAUAAUGAAUUGCAAACAUCUUUCUAUCCACGAAAGAUGGUCAUGAAUAUUUUCAGAGUUCCCCCAUGGAGAAGACUGCAAAAGUUGUUUUGAUACUUGACUUUCCUUGCCUGCUUUAUCACACUUGAGAAACUGCAAAUGGAGUCAAAUAAUCUCGUUUGGAGUCGGCUGAGUAAAUCCAGUAAUCCUCUAAUAAUAGUGACCUCAGGAUUAAUUUAAAAUAUAGACAAAUAACUCACCUAAAAAUAUCACCUCUGACUGAAUAAUAUCAAUCAGGAGUAUUUUACAAUAUAGAUAAAUAACUCACCUAAAAAUAUCACGUUUGACUGUACAUACCUUUGAUUUUUCAAUGCAGUAUCCCGAAGAUAUAUUUGGUGUAACUACUUUUCAACAAAUAUUUAUAGUGUCAGGCAGUGUUCUAGGAGUUGUGACACAGUUGAGAACAAAAUAAACAAGUCUCUACUUUCAUAAUGUAUACAAACGGUAAUAAGUAUUAAGAAGGAGAAGAAAAAGGAGGCAGGAAAUAGGCAUAGAGUGAGAUUAUAGUGAUAUUUUAUAUAAGGCAGUAAGGGUGGACCUUUUUGAUUUGAGAUACCUAUUUGUGCACAGACAAAUGAGGGAGCAGAAGCUGUGUGGCUAUCUGGGAGAAGAGAGUUUUCAGGCAGAAAGAAUGGGAAGUACAAAGGAUGAGGAACAUUAAGGAGACAGUGGGGCUGGAGUAGAGAGAGUGGUGGCAGAAAUUAGGAUCAGAGAGAUAAGACAUUGGAUUGUACUUUUUAAGGUAAAAAUUUACAUUUAACAAAAUGCACAUAUCUUAAAGUACACAAGUAAAAUACAGAAUAUUUC